GCUGAAAUGGGCAGCUGUGUUUGGUGUGGUAUUUUUAAACGCAUCAAAUGCUGCUCCAAUCCCCUCGCCAUGCCUGACCUAUUUUUAGCUGGGCCAGCCAUUGUUCUAUUUCUGUCACCUGUGGAGCACACUGUUGUUGAUGCACAUGCAAAUGACUGCACACUCUUCACUCUGCUGCUAGCCUGACGACAGCAGCCCAACAAACUGAGCUGUCUUUCUCUUUCAGCACACAGCAGUGAUUCCACAACCCAGCUAUCAGCUCUCUGCUAGAAGUGGGAGUGAAAAAUAAGGAAAGCAGGGGAAGCAAGUCGAGAAGUGCGAUUUUUCUCUCAGGAGGAGGAGUGAGGAAGCAACACGCGCUGUGUGUUUGUCGGUGUUGAGAACAGCCUCCCUGAGGAGUCAGCAGGAGAGAGAGUCUCUCGAGAGGCGCAGUGUGGCACGGAGUGGGCUGACUGUGACAGGAAGCGCUAACGUUAGCUGAUGAGCAGACUGUGCCGAGGGAAGUAUGCUGCAGACCAUUUAUGAGGGCAACUUGUGUUUCUCCACGGACAGCACCUACCAGCAACAACAACUCGCUUCACAGCAUAACAUGCACAACGUCAAUGAUUCAGUGAACAUGAAGCAGGAGGGAGUGCUGUCAGUGGAGCCCGUGUCCCCACUGGACCUGCGCACAGACGUGAGGUUGCCAGGCCCAGGCCCAGGGCCAGAGGCCGCGCUGUGGGAGAGGCAGCUGCAGGAGGAGCUCCUCCUCAUCCAGAAGCAGCAGCAGCUCCAGAAGCAGCUGCUCAUCAGCGAGUUCCAGAAGCAGCACGAGAACCUGCUGCGUCAACACCAAGCACAACUACAGGAGCAUCUCAAGCUCCAGCAGGAGUUGCAGACUAUGAAGCAGAAACAGAAGCAGAAGCUGCUGCAGAAAGAAAAGCAGCAGCAGGAGGAACAGAAUCACGAGAGGGAGCAGGAUGGUCUCCUUCAUGAGCAGCAGAGCGCCCCCUUGAGGAGCAGGGAACGCUACCGGGAAGGUGCAGUCGCCAGCACCCAGGUGAAGCAAAAGCUCCAAGAGUUUCUGCUGAGCAAAACUCCAAAGGAUGCCCUGUCCACUGGAUCCCAACCGUCCCUCAGCCUCAGCCUCAGCCCCAAACAGUGGUAUAUCGCUUGCCAUCAUACGUCUCUGGAUCCGAGCUCUCCCCCUCUUGGAGACACGUUACCUCCCUCCAAGCUCAUCCUGCCCCUCUCUCAGGACGGCAGGGAUGAUUUCCCUCUGCGUAAGACAGCAUCAGAGCCCAACCUGAAGAUCCGCUCCCGGCUGAAGCAGAAGGUCGUGGAGAGGAGAAGCAGCCCCCUGCUGAAGAAGAACGAGGGGACUAUCGCCACGCCCUUUAAGAAGAGAGCCCUGGAGCUCCUGGAGGCAGCGGAAACCAAUCCCCGUGGUUCUGGUCCCGGCUCGCCCAAUGGAGCUCACAGCGCAAUCGGAGCUGAGAAUGGACCUUCCUCACUCCCAACUACCACACGGACUGAGCGUUGGCCUUCACAGCCGAGAUUAUUCGGACCCGAUGGAUCUGUGUCUGUGCUGAGUCUGUACACAUCUCCUUCCCUUCCCAACAUCACUCUGGGCCUAGCAGCAUCCUCAGCUAUCAGCGCUGCACCAGGUGGUGGUGGUGGUGGUGUGUCGUCGGUGCUGCGGCACGGCCUCCCCACACAGAUGCUGGGCCCUGUGCCUAUGCCUGUCUCUCUGGAGAGCAAAGCAGGCAGCAGCCAACAAGCUCUUCUUCAGCACCUCCUGCAGAAGGAGCAGAUCCGCCAACAGAAGAUCAUCUCCUCAGGUCAGUGCUCUGCAUCUCCACAGUGCCUGUCCCCUCUUGCCACGAAGGAGAGCUCUCUGUCGUCCAGCGGACGGCCCAAGUUGCCCCGCCACCACCGCCCCCUCAACCGCACGCAGUCGGUACCCCUCCCCCAGAGUACACUGGCCCAGCUUGUGAUUCAGCAACAGCACUUCCUGGAAAAACAGAAACAUUACCAACAGCAGGUCCCCUUCAGCAAGCUGCUGUGUCAACCCAUUGAGCAGCCAAGACAGCCCAGCAUUCACUUGCUGGAGUCAGAGGAUGAGCAGCAGGAUAAAGAGCCAAGGGAGCAGUCCAUGCUAGAGGAGAGAUCGCCCUCUGGUGGUGUCAUCCGGAAGCACAGCAGAUCAAACGGCACCUUCUUCACAGAUCAACAGCUCAAAGACUCUCAUGGAAGCCCCAACCCUGCCCCAAUCCAUGAGAAGAUCAUAAAGGUCAAAGAGGAGCCUACCGACAGUGAUGAGGAGGUUCCACCCAAACAGGUUCCCACCUACCACCCUGAACUGAAAGGGAGGUUGGUCAUCCAAGCCAUCGUCUGAGUCUUCUGUCUAUGGGAGAGAGGGCAUGAAGCAGCUGGGAAACAGCGCCCCUCUAUGGCCACCCCUGGCCUGGACUUCUCUUUUUAGUCAGCUCAUGAAGUUACAAUCUAGAUGUUGAUUCUAUGUACAUACUGUGAAAACAAAUGUUGAUUGCUUGUUCAUUCAAGACUAUCGUGGCUUUCUUUGUUUGAAUAAAUGUGUCAACAUUUAAAGAUGAGAGAUACAUGGCAGCUUUAGGAUAUGUAAUGUAUGGUAUUUCUGCCUGUCUCUUUCAGUUCUCAUAAAAAAUGUUUCUAAUAACUUGAACAAUGAUCAUCAUGUAAUAUGUCUUAAUGUUUCAAUGUAAAAAAGUAAUACGUAUUUGUUCCUGCAAUAGUCAUGCCAUUGCUCCUUAGGCUGACAGGUGAAACCCUACUCAUUAUGCUUUCAGUUCAAAACGGAGUCAGCAACAAAGAAGUUUCCACCCAAGAGAAGGGGGAGGUGGGCAGGAGGGAAUGAUACAGUCUCUCCUGUUUCCACUCAAGAGAGGAGAGAGGGGAGGUGGGCAGGAGGGAAUGAUACAGUCUCUCCUGUUUCCACCCAAGAGAGGGGAGGUGGGCAGGAGGGAAUGAUACAGUCUCUCCUGUUUCCACUCAAGAGAGGAGAGAGGGGAGGUGGGCAGGAGGGAAUGAUACAG